AUGACUGCACCCGGCAUCGAGCAUUGGGUGACCGCAGCUGCGCCAACCGAAAGCAGCCUUGAGCAUCUCCAACAUCAAUAUGCUGGAUACUGUCAUGCAAUCAUGCCACACUUGGGCGAUGCAAAGAAAAUUCCAGUGACCCUCUAUGAGUUCCUUUCAGCGAAACCCAACACGUCCGAGUUCAUCCGACUGGUAAACCAAGUCCCUCAGAUCAAGCAUCUAUUGCAAAACCAAGACUAUUCAUCCACCGUCUGGGUCCCAAGCAACACCGCACUUGAGCAACUGAGCAAUGAGCUAUCUGAGGAAGAUAUUCUGGCCUUCCUUCAAACACACAUCUCUCCAUACUUCGGUCCAUUAUAUUUCCUUCUAACAGCCCCAACAGUCGACACACUUUUUCAUCCUGACCGAUUGAACGGUUCCCAGAGAAUAACAGUCCGUCCUUCACUCAACGGCCUUCGCGUGAACUCCCACGCAACCGUAAUCGAACAAGACCAUCUCGUGGGAAACGGUCUGGUCCAUGUAAUCGACCAAAUUCUGCCAUCGCGACCCACCAUUGGAGCUUUUCUCGCUGCUCUGCCGUCAUCCGAAUUUGACCUGUUCCAGUCUGCAGUGAAACAAUCUGAAGCUAUUCAGAAUAUUCUCCUGGAAGAGUCUCGUCGUGGUGGAACCGUAUUCAUUCCCACCAACGAAGCCUUUUGCAGGCUGCCUGAGGACGUUCGGACAUUUCUCUUCAGCGAUGAAGGGUCCAUCUCUCUGCAAGCUCUUUUGAGGUAUCAUGUCAUUGCGAAUCAAUCAUUGUACUCGAAUCGUCUUUAUGACCAGAACUCUGCACCAGAGCAUUUUGUACAGACGCCACAAGAUACCCCUGAUCAUACGAUUCCUACUCCAGAGACCCAGUCGGAUCGGUUGUGGCGUGUGCUCAAGGGAGUUCGUCGCUUCUCCUUGCCUACGUGCUUGGAUGGGCAGACGCUGGCAGUUGCUGUAACCCGAUGUGGGGGCCUUAUCUCAAUGAAGGUGAAUGGAAUUGCAAACGUGACUGUACAGGAUGGUUUAGCUAGUGAUGGAGUGUGUCAUGUUGUGGACUCGGUUUUGUUUCCACCUCUACAGAAUGAGGAUGCAGAAGUUCAGCCAGUACUCUCUGUUGAAGAUGUAAAGUUGAGCUUACUGCCUUCUUCCUACGCUCAUUUGCAACGAUUAGCUCGUUGA